AUCAUUCCCACCCUAUGAAGCUUCUUUAAUUAAUUCUUUAUAUUAUAUAUAUACACAUAUAUAACUUUCUCUCUCUAUAAAUCCUUCUCUUAUGAUCUCUACAUCAAGAGGAGGAACUAGUAGUGCAAUGAGGAAACCAGAAGCUGCAUCUGGUAAAAACAACAACUCAAACAAUAAGCUUAGAAAAGGGUUGUGGUCACCUGAGGAAGAUGAGAAACUUAUGAACUAUAUGUUGAACAGUGGACAAGGUUGUUGGAGUGAUGUUGCUAGAAAUGCUGGGUUGCAGAGAUGUGGAAAGAGUUGUAGGCUUAGAUGGAUUAAUUACUUGAGACCUGAUCUUAAACGUGGUGCAUUUUCACCACAAGAAGAAGAACUUAUCAUCCAUUUGCAUUCUCUUCUUGGAAACAGAUGGUCUCAAAUAGCGGCGCGCUUACCAGGAAGAACAGACAACGAAAUCAAGAACUUCUGGAACUCGACGAUAAAGAAAAGACUCAAGAACAUGUCGUCCAACACUUCUCCAAACCCAAGCGACGAAUCCUCGUACGACGCUAACAAAGAUCAUCAUAACAUGGGAGGUUUCAUAACAUCUUCAACACAAGACCAACAACAUAUUGAUCACAACCAUUUUAUGCCUAUGUUCAAUACUUCCUCACCACCUUCCAUGCAAAACACAGUUUUCAAUACCAUCAUCUCAGCUUCUUCCGGCGGCGGAUUCUUCAAUAACAAUAACAAUAAUAAUAAUAAUAAUACCAAUACCGGUUCAUACUUCUCGCAGAAUAAUCAUGACAGCAAAAGUACUUUUUAUUUGGAAAAAGUGUUUGGGAGUGUAAAUAUCAAUGGUGCAGAAAGAGAAGAUGAGAUUGGAAUCUACAAUGUUCCUCCUCUAGAGAGUGUUAACAGCACUAUCACUUAUGAUGAACAUACUAUAAAAAUGGAGAAGAACAUUGCAUUCAAUGGAGAAGAUACUUAUAACAAUAGUAGCUAUAACUUUGAUAACAUUAACAACAUUGUUAAUGUUAGUAAGAGAAGUGAUAAUCAAAAUAGAGGUGAAGAUGAGGUGGAGAAUUUGUUUCAUGGAGAUUUAUCUGUGGGAGAUUGGGACUUGGAGGAUUUGAUGAAAGAUGUUUCAUCUUUUCCAUUUCUUGAUUUUUCAAACUGAAUAUUCAAGAUUCAACAAAGUGGUUUUCAUUAUUUUUUUUCAUUUUUACACUGCAGGGUUAUAUUUGUAUUUUUGCUGUUAUACAGUACAUAGGGAGUAAAUUUUACUGAUUAACAAGGUAUAGGGUUGAAAUAAAAGUCAAUC